AUGUGGUCAGCUGAGCGUGAAGAACCUAUUUUCACACCAGAAAUUCUCCGAGAAUUCAUUCACAUUCGCUCGCCACUUGGACGGAAUUUGCUUACGGAAUUUUUCGGCACCGCAAUGCUUCUUUUUAUCGGUUUGGCCGAUAUUAUGCAACUCAUACUUUCUGAUGAGAAAAUGAACACAUGGACUCAAAUCAACUUUGGUUGGGGUCUUGCUAUCGUAUUUUGUGUGUACCUUGGUGCUAAAACAUCAGGUGAGUGGUUACUUCAUCAGUGA